UACAUAAAAACAUUUACCUGUCCGACCAGACACACCUUGUCUUUAUCGUUUCUUAAAUAAAUUAAAAGUAUGUUAUAUUUCUUUUUAAGAAACAUAUAUUCAUAAAUAUUAGUACAUGAAGAAACCUUUUCUCUUUUAUACACUAUUUGCUAUUUAAAAGCUGACAAUCAAACUAAUUGUUUUACAUGCCAUGUGUUGUAGUUAAAUCACAUGAUGCAAACAUUAAUUAUUUAGUAUUAGAUACGUAUAUUUUAGAAAUAAUUGUUUAUAAAAUUUAUUAUUAUUAUUGGAACUUGGAACACCAAAGCAGAAAUAGUAUUUCUCAACAUAAAACUCAUAUUUCUAUUUUUCAAUAUUCAAUACGUUCUAAGCAUUUUACCAUUUUUAAAGGAACCUUUGUCUGCAUUAAUAAUUUCAAACCUCUCAGUUAGAUGAGCACUGAGCAAAGUUUCUACAAUAUGCUUAACGAUAUCAUGUAUUCAAUAGUUGCAGUUAAGUUUAAUCAUGUAAUGCCUUAGAUGUUUUUUUAAUGGAACAAGAUUUUCUAUCUUUGUUCUGUAGCAGCAUCUCAGUAGUUACAAUAAAACUCUAAAUUGUAAAGUACAGAACUUAAAAAAUUGUAAAAAUGAAUAUAUUCUAUUGUAUACAUUACAGAUAUAAAUUAUUCGAUAAGAUUUUGGAACGAAACAGACCAAUUUUGCUUUUUACUACAAAUCGUCACAGUGAUAUAUACAUGUUUAUAAUUUCUUUAACACCAAUAAUUACGACUAUUUCACAAUAUUUUAAAUCACUUGCUCAAAUGCCAAACUGAUAUAUUUAGCGGUAAUUAAGAAACAGACUUAAUCAUUAUCUAACGUAACACCUGAAUGAUAAUGUAAUGAAAGUAACAGUUAGGUCAUUAAUGAUGAAUGAUGCCAUUUAUAUGCAUAUAAAUGAUGCAGCAUUUUUUGGUAUACCUAUAGGAUGUGUUAUCAUUAACCUGUUUGGGAUUGGCUCUUUGAAAUCAUUUGGUGUGUUGUACACAGAGAUGUUGGAUCAUUUUUCGGCAGGAUCUGGAAAUACAGCUUGGAUAGGCAGCAUAACCUGGUUUCUUUUACAGGUCCUUGCACCAUUGGCAAAUUGUCUAUGCAGAAGAUACACCUUCCGAUUGGUUUCGCUUGUUGGUGGUACAAUGGUCGGAUGUGGUUAUUUCUUGUCCGGAUUUGUAUCUCGAAUUGAAUUCAUGUACUUAACCUUCACGAUUAUUGGUAUCGGAUAUAGUUUGUCAUACAUCUCGGCUGGCAUUAUUAUCAGCUAUUAUUUCAAACAAAGACGGACUUUAGCAAAUGGCGUUAUGGUAUCAGCAGGAGGGGUAGCUGCUCUUUCGUUCCCAUCCCUUUACAGGUUUUUAAUUAACAAAUAUGGUCUAUCACAAGCAUUUUGGGUGAUAGGUGCAUUCGUUUCAAACAUUUGUGUGGCAAGCUGUUUAUUCCGAGAGCCAAACAAAUCACCCCAAAGCAAUUAUGCAGAGGCAAGAAAAGAAGACAGUAUUUCAGAUAAAAACCAGAAAAGAUGUUGCAAUGUACUUAAGUUAAAAAUUCAUUUGUUUAAGAACAGACGUUUCACACUGUUAGUAAUAGCUUUCACUAUCUGUUCAUUUAGCCACAUUAUCAAUUACAUUUUAAUUCCUGCCCAUAUUAAAACACUUGGGUAUAGUAACACUUAUAUUACGAUAGGUGUAUCUAUAACUGGUGGUGCAGAAUUGAUCGGAAGGAUUGCUGUGGGAUGGUUUGCAGACUUGAAUAUUAUUCAAAAGAAAUAUAUAUUCGUAGUCUGUAUGUUUGUUGGAGGAGUGUUUGCAUUGAUAUCACCACUGUUUGAUACUUUUACGUUUAUGGCUUUUUACGCCGGAGUUGUGGCAGCGUUUCCCGCUUCUUUCCUUGCCCUUAUAUCAGUGUUAGCGAUUGAAAGAGUGGGCAUGGAAAAUUUCCCAGCAGCCUUCUCCAUAAUAUUUGUUUUUAUGUCAAUUACGUCUUUGAUAUCCCAGCCUAUAGCCGGUUGGAUGGCUGAUUAUUACGGAAGCUGGUAUCCUGCAUUUAUCUUAACCGGUAUAAUUCAAAUUUGUUCUGGUGUUAUUAUGUUACUAGAACCAGUUGUCAUUCGAUAUGGCAUGGGCAAGACCUAUUCAUUACAAAAUGUUGAUAAUGAAUUGGUAUCUCAAGUAAACGGAGCUUAUGCACACGAUAGAAAAGAAGGUAGUUUGAAUAAAACUGAUAAAGUGGAUGAAACACACUUACCUAAAUAGGAAAUGUGAAUUCAGAAGGAAAAACAAACAAACAAACAUAUAAUGUGAAUACAAUAUAUUUACUUUUGUUUGUUUUGACAUCAUUUAUCGUAUUAUAAUUAUUAAGUGCAGGACACUUACUUGAAACAAACUAAAUACAUGUAUCAAACACGUUUCGUAAAAAUGAUUAAACGUGUUAUGCGUUCUUUUUGUUAAUUGUAGCGAUAUCGUUUUGAGUGAAAUAUUUUAUAUCAUUAACAUAAAUGAUUUAUAAAAAAAUAGAGAUUUGUGAUUGUAAGUAAGUGAUGUUAAACUAACCCAAUUAUGCCCUCCUCAUUUCGACGAUGCAAUCAUGGAGACUGAAAAUAUGUUUAGAACAAUAAUAUUGAUAUGAAUGGAAAAGUGAAAGUACAAAAAAUAACUAAUUCAAAGGUUAUUAUGAGCUACAUUUUUGUUAAAAGGACAUUAAAACUGUAAUUUUUUCAAUAACAUUUGUGAAUUUGAACUUAAAUAAAUUUGCAUAAGCGCAAUCUGAGUUCGUGUUUAAUAUUGUAUUAACAUUAUAUUAAGUAUAGGUUUCUAUUAUUAACUUUUAUAUAUUUUGAUAAAAACCAAAUGUACAUUCGAAGUGUUGUAUAGUGGUUAUGUUGUCUUGUCCUUUAUCAUAUACCUUUGAUAAGCAGGAUUUAUAUAUUCUUGAAAUUGGCGCGAAUAUAUUCUUCCUGUGUUAGAUCAAUGGAACCUUAAAUCAUUUUUCUUUAAUAAUACGUAAUUUACAGGA